AUGGUUUCCUAUAUCAUUCUCUUCAAUCUCGUGGCUGUAUCUACGGCUGCUGUCCUAGCUGUUAUAAGAGAGAACCCUUCCGGCUCCCUCUUGAUCGCUCGGGCCGAGGCCUCUGUCUUCAUGUGUGAAGACAAGGACUACAAGGGCCAAUGUCUAACGCAGAGAGUCGAAACAUCAUUUUGCUAUAACGUGCCCGUCGACAUGGUCGAUCGCAUCAGCUCAAUCCGCAACAACGACAGGGACGACAACACCUGCACUUGGUACCGUGAGCUCAACUGCCGUGGUGAUUCAUACCGCAAUCAGGAUGACGGUAACCUGGCCGAUGGCAACGGACACUUCAAUGACUCCAUUCGUAGUCUCGAGUGCAGGAGAAAGGACUAG